AACCUGUAAAAAACAAAAUUGUUAAAUUGUAAUGAAAUAUUAACUUUUUUUUAAGUUGCAUCUUGUAAGAAGAGAUGGAAGAAUCUUCGAGAUAAUUAUUUCAAACACAAAAAAAAUACAAAAAUGCCAACAGGCAGUGCUGCUUCUAAAAGCAAGAAACGAAAUCCCAUUUUGGAACAACUAUCAUUUUUAGAUAGUGUCAAACGCCAAAGAAGGGGGUUAACAAAUAACAGUGUGCAAACAUCAAAUAACGACAUGCAAAGUGGUGGCACCGAAGAAACUGUUAUGGUAUUAAAUACAACAGAAAAUGAUAAGGAUGAUGAUAAUGAUAAUGAUGAAGUAGAUAUAGAAAAUUUGUGUGACGAAAGGCCUACGCCAGCUUUAAACGAAACAAUAUCGUCAGGAUGCAGUGAGCCUAAGCAAAAAAAAAGAAAGCCAACUUUUGCAGGCGAGGUGUUAUCAGCAUUAAAAAAAAACCGGUUGGAAAGAGCUGCAAUAAUAUCGCAGAUGAAUAUGGCUCAAGCUACACCUGACGAUGAAACUGACACCUUCUUUAAAAGCUUGGCCUUGACUGUAAAACAAUUUCCGCCUCUGCUAAGAGCACAAAUAAAAAGAAAACUAUAUCAAAUAGUAUCGGACGCAGAAGUGGAUUUACUGCGGUCACUACCACCACAGCUGAGCUGUGAUAGCCCAUAUGAGUACUCUAGCACCAGUACAACACCGUUGCCGUCUCCUUCAAAUUGGGAGCAGCAAAAUGUACAUAAUGUGGACCAGUGUCAGGAUACGCAGCCCAAUGCUGACAUAGCAAAUUUGUUUAAUUCUUUUUCACAUAGUUAAUAAAAUAUUUUGUUCUGGAAUAAAGAAAAUUU